GUAUACCUGGAAAGAAUCUUACUUUGGUGUAUGAACCAGAAAUGGCUGCGGUUUGGUUUGUGCAUGACAAUAAGACGGAAAUUCCUCCUAGGACCAAGUUCAUUCUCCUAGAUCUAGGAGGUGGAACUAUUGACAUUACUGUUCAAGAGGUGCUACAGAACAACAGAAUCCGACAAUUAAUGCCUGCAAAGGGAGUUGCAUGUGGUGGUACGAAACUUGAUGAAUGUUUAACUCAGAAAAUCGAGAAAAUAUUUGCCAACAAUAUUGAAAUGUUUCGCAGGAAUGAGCCAAAAAAAUAUGUAAAACACCAAAGGAAUAUAGAAUUUAUGAAAAGAAGUUAUGGCAGGUCAAAAGGAAAUUUCAUUUUAAAUGUCUCCAAAAAAUUAAGUAGAUCGGAGAUAGAACAGUCUAUAACAAUUUCAGAGGAAGAAUACAAAACUUUCUUAGACCCAAUAUUGGAGAAAAUUGAUAACAAAAUCAUGGAAAUCGAAAAGAUAUGUAAGCAGGUUUCUUACCUUGUGCUUAUCGGAGGAUUUUCGAUAGACGCACGAAUAAGAGGACACUUCCUUGAGAACUAUUCAAAAUACGUUGUGAAAACCCCAGGAAAUCCAGAUCUAGCUGUCUUGAAUGGAGCAGUACUUUUCGGACAGCACGAAUCGCUCGUUACUGAAAGAGUGUGUAAAUGUACUUAUGGGUUCGCAGUUUUUAAGAAAUUUGACGAAACUCAUAAUAUUGAAAAGAAACAUAAAAGAGGAGGAUUUACUAUGGCGAAGGAUUGCUUCAAGGUUGUGUAUAAAAAGGGAGAAAGAGUAUCAACGGAUGGUAAAUCUUUUAAGGAAAUUCCGGUGUUUGAUGAAUUCGGAGCUGAUAGGGUUGAUAAACGCAAGGAGCCCAUAGUUAUACACAUUUUCUCAUCUGAAGAAGAAAAUCCUCAGUAUACGGAUGACCCAUCUUGCAAAAAACUGUGUGAAAUGAAAAUGAAUCCCCCUGGAGGCGAAUGGCCCGUGAGGGUGGAGGGAAAAGUCAGGUUCAGAGUAGCGGGAACUGAAUUUGAAGGAGAGCUUUAUGACAUUCAAAAUGUUCAACAAGAUAAAUGUGUUUUUGAAUAUUUGAUUUGAU